CACUUUCCGCCCCUCAUCACAACUUCCGUUUCCGGUUUGACAGAUGUCUCGGCUGUAAGGAUGAUCGGAGACAUACUGCUGUUCGGGACGCUACUGAUGAACGCCGGGGCUGUGCUCAACUUUAAACUGAAAAAGAAGGACACGCAAGGUUUUGGGGAGGAGUCGAGGGAACCCAGCACAGGAGACAACAUCCGAGAGUUUUUACUGAGCCUGAGGUAUUUCCGGAUCUUCAUCGCACUGUGGAAUGUGUUCAUGAUGCUCUGCAUGAUCGUACUGUUCGGCUCUUGAGUGAGCCCUGCAUGGAACCCAGAGCUCACCUGCUGGACAUCAAGACUCCAUUUCUGUUUCUGAUGACUUCAAGAAUGCUUCUCACUGGAAAACCAGGGACCUUCCCAGAAGGCUCAGCUCAUUUGGGUAGAGAAGGUCCAUCUCCCGGCCACCUGACCCUCGUCAGCCACAGUGACAAAGUCAGGCUUUGUUAGGAGAAAGAUCUAGAUCUUUCCCUUGUCCUGGCAUUCCAUCUUCUCCUGGCCCAGCUUCUCAAGAAACCUGACCUAGGCUAUUUCUUGGUUGGCUUGUGAUUGUUUUGGUUUGAUUUGGGUUUCUUUUGAGUUUUUUUGAGACAGGGUUUUUCUGGUUAGCCCUGGCUGUUCUGGAACUCACAAACCAGACUGGCCUCAAACUCACAGAGAUCCGCCUGCCUUUGCUUCCAGUGCUGGGAUUAAAGGUGUGUGCCAUCACUCCUGUCCUUGCACGGAUUAUCCUUGAUUGAUAGGAUUGCAGGGCCAGCCAUGACAGUCUAGCAGCCCCUUUUGCACUACAAGGUCCAUGCUGGUGGACCCAACCGUGUGGGGCCAGUGGGGUCUUACUUCCCAGCGUUUCCUCCUCACCCCAUGACUGGGUCCCCCUGGGGUGGCCGAAGUCUGCUCCAGCACUUAGAGGAGCAGGUCCCCCACCCUUGGAACACCAGCCUCUUCUUUAGACACUAAGCUGUUAGCCAUAACAUUCAGCUUCUCCAGACCAGGCCUGUGGAAGAGGUGCUAGUGGUGGUGUUAGCAGACACCUCUCUGUGCUUUCAAGCCGCUUGUUAAUAAAGUGACUUUGGGGCCACCCCUUUAUCACUG